CACUCUUUGGUUGCACGAACAUCAGUUAAGAUGGCAGGGCAUCGCGCUGCUGCCUACGUGUUCACGGUGGCGCUGGCACUCGGCGUGCUCGCCUCCAUUCCGGCAGCUGUCCAGUCCAUCGGCGUGUGCUACGGCGUGAUCGGCGACGGCCUGCCCUCGGCGAGCGACGUCGUGCAGCUCUACAGAUCCAAGGGCAUCACCGGCAUGCGCAUCUACUUCCCCGACAGCAACGCCCUCCGGGCACUGAGCGGCAGCGGCAUCAACCUCGUUAUCGACACGGGCAAUGACCAGCUCCGCAACCUCGCCGCCAGCACCUCCAACGCAGCCGCCUGGGUCAAGGCCAACAUUCAGGCCUACCAGGGCCUCACCAUCAGGUAUAUCACGGUCGGCAACGAGGUGGCCGGCAGCGACACGCAGUUCAUCCUCCCGGCUAUGAAGAACGUCAACGCCGCGCUCUCCGCCGCAGGCCUCGGCGGCAUCAAGGUGUCCACGGCGGUGCAGUCGGGCGUCACCCAAGGGUUCCCUCCGUCCAAGGGCACCUUCUCUAGCUCCGACGGCUCCCACAUGCCGCCCAUCGCGCAAUACCUCGCCAGCACCGGCGCACCGCUGCUCGCCAACAUAUACCCCUACUUCGCCUACAAGGGCACGCCCAGCAUCGACAUCAAGUACGCCCUCUUCACCGCGCCGGGCACGGUGGUGCACGACGACGGCAGCGGCAAGGACUACCAGAACCUGUUCGACGCGCUCGUGGACACCAUGUACUCCGCGCUCGAGAGCGCCGGGGCCGGGAGGGUCCCCAUCGUGGUCUCCGAGAGCGGGUGGCCAUCGGCCGGCGACGCGGCCGCGACCACGGGCAACGCGCGGACGUACAACCAGAACCUCAUCAACCACGUCGGGAAUGGGACGCCCAAGAGGCCCGGGAGGAUCGAGACGUACAUAUUUGCCAUGUUCAACGAGAACAGGAAGACCGGGCUUGAGACGGAGAGACACUUUGGGCUGUUCAACUCAGACAAAUCGCCGGCCUACUCCAUCAACUUCUAAAUGGAACAGAUCGAUACGUACGUAGUGGCAAGAUGCGGACCAUUUUGCCUAAUAAUUUCUGAAUUUGAAUAAGGUGCAUGUAAGAACGCCAAAGCUUCCUUGCACGUAAGGCAAGCGCUUAAAUAAGUUAUCUACUCGAGAUGAAUAAUGAGUUGCACAUUUGGGAUAUGUUGUGUCAAAUCAGCUGA